UUCGGCCGUGGCCGUGGUGGUGACCGCCGUGGACCCCGUCGCGGUCCUCGCCGCGGUGCCCGCAAGGACGAGGAGAAGGAGUGGGUCCCCGUCACCAAGCUUGGGCGUCUCGUGAAGGACGGCAAGAUCAAGUCGAUCGAGGAGAUCUACCUCUUCUCGCUCCCCGUCAAGGAGUACCAGAUCAUUGACAUCCUCCUUCCCAAGCUCAAGGACGAGGUGAUGAAGAUCAUGCCCGUCCAGAAGCAGACCCGCGCCGGCCAGCGCACCCGCUUCAAGGCGUUCGUCGCCAUCGGUGACUUCGAGGGCCACGUCGGACUCGGUGUCAAGUGCGCCAAGGAGGUCGCGACCGCCAUCCGCGGCGCCAUCAUCCUCGCCAAGCUCUCGGUCAUCCCCGUCCGCCGCGGCUACUGGGGCAACAAGCUCGGUGAGCCUCACACCGUCCCGUGCAAGGUCCAGGGCAAGGCCGGAUCCGUCUACGUCAAGCUCGUCCCCGCCCCCCGCGGUACCGGUAUCGUCGCCGCCCCCGCCUCGAAGCGCAUGCUCCAGCUCGCCGGUGUCGAGGACUGCUACACCCAGUCGCGCGGCAACACCUCGACCAUGGGCAACUUCAUCAAGGCCGCCUACGCCGCCAUCACCGCCACCUACGGCUUCCUCACCCCCGACCUCUGGACUAAGAUCGAGCCCUCGCCCUCGCCCUACGAGGAGUACUCGUCCCACCUCCAGCUCGCUGCCAAGAAGGUCUACUAA